AUGCAGCCAGGACAAAUCACACUCGCUCUACAAAGAGAGAUCUACAGAACAGAGACACAGAUGGCGCCAACCAUCACUUCAGCAAUGACCAUCUCAAGCGAGCACCCACCUCUGAACAACAAGCUGAGGAAUCUGACAGUGGAGAAGAUGCGCAGAGAUCAUAUCAACAGCAGCAUUGAGCAGCUGAAGUCUCUCCUGGCUCCAGAGUUCCUCAACCAGCAGUCUGACUCCAAACUGGAGAAAGCAAAUAUCCUGGAGAUGACAGUCAGCUUAUUGAGACAACUGCAGCAGCAGCCUGCAUUCUCCUCCAGCUCUCAAUCAAGAUGUCAAGGGUUCUCCAGAUGUGUCCAUGAGGUUGUCCACUUCCUGUCCAAAGAAAAGGUGAAGACACAGAGCCAGAGAAAACUACUGAACCACAUCCAGAAUCUGCAGCCAUCUUCAUACGAGAACAGGAGGGAAAGUGUCCUGCAUCCGCUGAGCUCUACAGAGCAACAGAUCAUCAGCAAAGAGAAGAAUGCAGUUAAGAGCUCCCUCUGGAGGCCCUGGUAAAGGGAAGAUCAAGACUAAAGAUGAAAAGCUGGAAACACAAUUCUAUUUGAACUGUUUAAGUUUCUUUCAGUUUCUGCAUGUGCACAAUUAUAACUGAAUUGUUAAAACGUGUUAAAUGAUUAUUACAAUUAUUAUUGUCUUAUGGCAAUACAUCUAUACCUUUCUUCUUGUAGAAGAAUUUCUUAAUUAAGAUGCUGUUAGAAUCCAG